GGGGCGGGGGCGCCGCGAGAGAGACGCGGGCGCGAGGGAGAGGCGCGCCCGGAGCGGAGCGGAGCAGGGGACCGCGCGGGCCGGGCCGGGGCCGGGGCGCGGGGCAGCCAGCGGGCCUCGGGAGCCGGGCCCGAUGCGGGCGGGCGGGUGGAGCCGCCGAGCCUGGAGCAGACUGAGCCCGAGCGGAGCGAAUUUUUGGAGCACCUCAUCAACUAUAAGGAAUCACUUUUCCAUUUGGAUGUGGUACUGGAUGUCUUCCAUGAUGGUGACAAUAUACUUUUGGGAGAUUGCUCAGGGGGAAAUGAUGGGAUCCUUCUUCCUAAAGCAGCGAUAGAGGAAAACUGGACAGCAGAUAUAAGAGGAGUCAGAGGAAAGAAAGAUUUUCAUCUCUAUAGAAAUCUAAAGGGAAGAAUAAGAAAAUAACCACAUGCAAAAUUCAGAAUUGGCAGUUUCAUGCCAUCAUCAAGAAGGAGAGGAUCAGCAAGGGAUUCCAUCUACCCAAGUGGCAAAGAGUCAGCCUGGACCAUAUCAUUAUCCUGGAAGUCAAAGAGCUUUGGGAACUACAGGAACAUCCACAGUUGGGUCUCCUUCAUUGCUGUCCCAGGGUCUACCCAAGAGGAUUAGCACUCCCACUGUCAGAACUGAUUCCCUGGAAAGGCAUACCACAUGGAAACCCUUGAUUAUGUAUUUCCAUUUGUAACAGAACCCUAUGCAGGGCCAAGCAUGGAGAAGUGACCCAAGCAGGGUCUCACCUCUGAAUGAGCAACAUAUUUAGAUGCUUGAAAUAGUUUUAUAUGUAAGACCACCAAAAUAUUAGAACCAUGCCUCCAAGACCAUCAUCCGGUGAACUGUGGGGCAUCCAUUUGAUGCCCCCAAGAAUCUUAGUAGAAUGUCUACUACCUAAUGGAAUGAUAGUGACUUUAGAAUGCCUCCGUGAGGCUACAUUAGUAACUAUUAAACACGAGCUAUUUAAAGAAGCAAGGAAAUACCCUCUUCACCAGCUCCUUCAGGAUGAAACUUCUUACAUUUUCGUAAGCGUUACUCAAGAAGCAGAAAGGGAAGAAUUUUUUGAUGAAACUCGACGACUUUGUGACCUACGGCUUUUUCAGCCUUUUCUAAAAGUCAUCGAACCAGUAGGCAACCGAGAAGAAAAGAUUCUCAAUCGAGAAAUUGGUUUUGCUAUUGGUAUGCCUGUUUGUGAAUUUGAUAUGGUUAAAGAUCCAGAAGUACAAGAUUUCCGAAGAAAUAUUCUUAAUGUUUGUAAAGAGGCUGUGGACCUGAGGGAUGUCCAUGCACCCCAUAGUAGAGCAUUAUAUGUCUAUCCUCCAAAUGUAGAAUCUUCACCAGAAUUGCCAAAGCAUAUAUACAAUAAAUUAGAUAAAGGGCAAAUAAUAGUGGUGAUUUGGGUGAUAGUUUCCCCAAACAAUGACAAGCAGAAGUACACUUUAAAAAUCAAUCAUGACUGUGUACCAGAACAUGUGAUCGCUGAAGCAAUCCGGAAAAAAACGCGGAGUAUGUUGCUGUCAUCGGAGCAGCUGAAGCUCUGCGUUUUAGAGUAUCAGGGCAAAUACAUUUUAAAAGUGUGUGGAUGUGAUGAGUAUCUGCUAGAAAAAUAUCCUCUUAGCCAAUAUAAGUACAUAAGAAGCUGCAUAAUGCUUGGUCGGAUGCCCAAUCUGAUGCUGAUGGCUAAAGAAAGUCUUUACACCCAGCUACCACUGGAUACUUUUACAAUGCCAUCUUAUUCCAGACGAAUCUCCACAGCCACACCAUACAUGAAUGGAGAAGCUUCAACCAAAUCCCUUUGGGUCGUAAAUAGUGCACUCCGGAUAAGAAUUCUUUGUGCAACUUAUGUAAAUGUAAAUAUUCGAGACAUUGACAAGAUCUAUGUUCGAACAGGUAUCUGCCAUGGGGGAGAGCCAUUAUGUGACAAUGUGAAUACUCAAAGAGUACCUUGUUCCAAUCCCAGGUGGAAUGAAUGGCUGAUGUAUGAUAUAUACAUUCCUGAUCUUCCACGAGCUGCUCGACUUUGCCUUUCCAUUUGUUCUGUUAAAGGCAGGAAAGGUGCAAAAGAGGAACACUGUCCAUUGGCUUGGGGAAAUAUAAACCUCUUUGAUUAUACGGACACUCUGGUAUCGGGGAAAAUGGCUUUGAAUCUGUGGCCAGUACCUCAUGGAUUAGAAGAUUUGCUCAAUCCUAUUGGAGUUACUGGGUCAAAUCCCAAUAAGGAAACUCCAUGUUUAGAGCUGGAAUUUGACUGGUUUAGCAAUCCUGUAAAGUUCCCAGAUAUGGCAGUGAUUGAAGAACAUGCGAAUUGGACUGUAUCUCGAGAACUAGGAUUUAACUAUUCCCAUGCUGGGCUGAGUAAUAGGAUAGCUCGAGAUAAUGAAUUAAGAGAAAACGACAAAGAACAACUUCGAGCAAUUUGUACUCGAGACCCUCUGUCUGAGAUCACUGAGCAAGAAAAGGACUUUCUUUGGAGUCACAGGCAUUAUUGUGUCAGUAUCCCAGAAAUUCUACCUAAACUUCUUUUAUCCGUUAAAUGGAAUUCUAGAGAUGAAGUAGCCCAGAUGUAUUGCUUAGUAAAAGAUUGGCCCCCAAUCAAACCAGAACAGGCCAUGGAACUUUUGGACUGUAAUUAUCCAGACCCUAUGGUUCGAGCUUUUGCUGUUCGCUGCCUGGAAAAAUAUUUAACUGAUGACAAACUUUCUCAGUACUUAAUUCAACUAGUUCAGGUUCUGAAGUAUGAACAGUAUUUGGAUAACCUGCUUGUGAGAUUUUUACUCAAGAAAGCACUAACAAAUCAAAGGAUAGGACACUUUUUCUUUUGGCAUUUAAAGUCUGAGAUGCAUAAUAAAACUGUCAGUCAAAGAUUUGGCUUACUUUUGGAGUCCUAUUGCCGAGCGUGUGGGAUGUAUCUAAAGCAUUUGAAUCGGCAGGUGGAGGCCAUGGAGAAACUGAUUAACCUCACUGACAUUCUCAAACAGGAGAAGAAGGAUGAGACUCAAAAGGUACAAAUGAAGUUCUUGGUUGAACAAAUGAGGCGGCCUGAUUACAUGGAUGCUUUACAAGGCUUUAUCUCUCCCCUUAAUCCUGCUCAUCAACUAGGAAAUCUCAGGCUUGAGGAGUGUCGGAUUAUGUCUUCUGCAAAAAGACCACUCUGGUUGAAUUGGGAGAACCCAGACAUCAUGUCAGAGUUACUAUUUCAGAACAAUGAGAUCAUCUUUAAAAAUGGGGAUGACUUACGACAAGAUAUGCUAACUCUUCAGAUCAUUCGAAUUAUGGAAAAUAUCUGGCAAAAUCAGGGUCUUGAUCUUCGGAUGCUGCCUUAUGGUUGCCUAUCAAUUGGGGACUGUGUUGGCCUCAUUGAGGUGGUCAGAAAUUCUCAUACUAUCAUGCAGAUUCAAUGUAAAGGGGGCCUAAAGGGGGCCUUGCAGUUCAACAGCCAUACAUUACAUCAGUGGCUCAAAGACAAGAAUAAAGGAGAAAUAUACGAUGCAGCCAUUGAUUUGUUUACACGUUCAUGUGCUGGAUACUGCGUGGCUACCUUCAUUUUGGGAAUCGGUGACCGGCACAAUAGUAAUAUCAUGGUGAAGGAUGAUGGACAAUUAUUUCAUAUAGACUUUGGACACUUUUUGGAUCACAAAAAGAAGAAAUUUGGUUAUAAACGAGAGCGUGUGCCCUUCGUCUUGACACAAGAUUUCUUGAUUGUAAUAAGCAAAGGAGCCCAAGAAUGCACAAAGACGAGAGAAUUUGAGAGAUUUCAGGAAAUGUGCUAUAAGGCGUACUUAGCUAUUCGGCAACAUGCCAAUCUCUUCAUCAAUCUUUUCUCCAUGAUGCUUGGCUCUGGAAUGCCCGAACUACAAUCAUUUGAUGAUAUUGCAUACAUUCGAAAGACCCUGGCCUUGGAUAAAACUGAGCAGGAGGCUUUGGAGUAUUUCAUGAAGCAGAUGAAUGAUGCUCAUCAUGGGGGCUGGACAACCAAAAUGGAUUGGAUUUUCCAUACAAUAAAGCAGCACGCUUUGAACUGAAGCGAUGGCGGAGCCCCAGCACCAGCCUCGGGGACUGCUCGGCACUGCUCCUCACUGUCAGCAGGCAAAGGCUGCUUGCAUAGGAAUCGCACAAACCAUGAACAGCAUUAGAAUCGACAGCAAGAACCGAGAUAAACUCUUUCUUCAACCAUUGAAACAGUGUAAACGCAAACAGGGUUUGAUAGCACUAAACUAGUACAUUUCAAAAUUAAGCUUUAGUAUAAUGCGCAAUUUCAUGUUAUGCCUUAAGUCCAAAAAGGUAAACUUUGAAGAUUGUUUGUAUCCUUUUUUUAAAAAACAAAACAAAAUAUAUAGAAACUGAUGGCUAAGGAGAGAGAAUAAUGUUCUUUUUGUGUUGCAAAUGUUGUAUGUUUUAAAACAUGGAAGUGACAGUCUGUCAUUACAUCAAGUCCAAGGAAACCACAGGGUGGUGUUGAGCUGCUUGAGAAUGGAUAAGAAAGGAAAUCCAUCACUUUCCCGUUGUGUUCACUUUAUAGUUUGAAGUGAGUUUUUUGACUCCCAGUUCUCAUGAAGAAAAACACUUGGGGUGGAACAGAAUCUUUCCAUUUCAUUAGGGACUUUUCCUUUUAAAAACAAAUCAAACCUUUUAAUGACUGGGCCUUAUCUGCAGAGUUUGGUGAGUAAGUAGAACUGAGACCUUUUAGAAGGUGCUUUUCCUGGAUGAGCAUUUACCAGGGAAAUUCCAAGUUCCUACAGAAACUAAACUGCCAUAGAAAAGGGAUGAGAAGGACUAGCUGUCAUGUACUGGAAUCAUGCAGUGUUCCCCUUAGGGUUUGACAUUUUCUCCUCAUUUUGCAUUUGAACUGAAUACAUUUUUCAUGCAUGUUUUCCAGAACCUAGAAGAAAGUGUUAAUGUUAUUAAAAGAUUAUUUUUUAUAAAAGGCUAUUUAUAUUAUAAAAACUUAUCAUUAAUAUAUAUUCUUUAUUUAGAUUAUCUGUCCCAUGGUCAUGCAUUUAUUUUAUAGCCUCAUAUAUUUUGGGUUAAGACUCUGCCAUCCGUAGUGACAUCAUCAUUCCCUUGGUCUUUGAGAGAAGCCCAGGCACUCUUCCAUAAUGUACACCAUUGCCCAGGGAUUCACUGUUAGAAUUGGCUAAAUAGCCUGCUCAGGACCACCUCUUUUCUCCUUUUUUCACUUUUCCUCCACUUUCUCUCUUCUACCAAAAGACACUUACUCAUUUGCAAUCAGCUCAGUAACACAGAUUCUUAUCCUAUAUGCAUUAACUCCUCCUAAAGUGGAAGCACUUAUAAAGGAAGAACCCCUGAGAGCAACAGGGAAAAAGAAGCCAGGAAUGAUGCCUGCUUGCAGGCUAUUCGCCUGUGUCUCCAGAAUAAAAAUGAAAGCCAAGGUGAUUCCGAUUGGCUCCCACUUGAAAGUAGCCAGAAUCCCUUUUCCAAGUUUCUGAAGUUGCACUUAAGCCCAAGUAAAUUCAUAAACAUUCUGAAGAAGUGUUUCACCCCCUAUUCUGGAUUGGGAGUUGCCAGGGAAGUGCUUUCUUCACUAGAGAUAGACCCAGCAUUCCACAUGGUAUUUGGAAUAAAUGCCUGCAGGCCCGGGAAACAGCUUCUGCAGAGUCUUUGUGCCACAGGAAAAAAAUGUGCAAUAAUGGCGAGGGGCUGCAAGUGUCUAGAUUAGGCAUGGUAUUGGAAUAUAACUAUAAAAACUGUACAUUGCGUUCUCCGUAUUGGUAAUGAGCUAUUGAAUGGUUUACUUCAUUUAGAAAGUUCUUUAAUGAAAUUAGUUACUUAUACUAGAGCCUUGGAUCAAGUAAACCAGGGACUGUAUUGCCAAAACUCAUAAAGUAUAUUUGGCUAUUUUAGGACACAUAAGGAUAUAGGCUCCCUAGAGUUAGUUGUUGAAGAUUUAGGUACUUUAUUAAAGCAUGUAAAUAAUACUGUCUUAGUGAAAGCCACUGAGAAAAAUAAAUUUGGAGUAUUGGAAUAUUCAUCUUUUCAUAUUUAUAAUUGACUGUCUCAGAACAGUUAGCAGAUUUAAAACCCUUUGUUUGAUCAUUGUUCCCCUUUGCAGUUAUGAAAGCUUUCAUGGCUAACAGAUUCCAUCUUCUCUUUAUUUGACGCGUAUUUAACUAUGAUGUGUCAUUACUAAUCUGCACUUGACACGUGUUAGCAUUUUACCUUUUUCAGUAUCAGGGAUUGAUGAUGGGACACCUUAGUGAAAUAAUGGGCAUCUGAAACCCUGAUACUUAAAAGUCAUCACAGAGAAUCUUGGUUUUACCCCUAAGUCCCUAAAGCAGUGGUUUUUCUGAGACUCCUUGCACGGAAAUAAAAAGAUGUUUGCAUUGCCCACAUCAAUAUAGAUCGCUCUCUAGGGCUCCCAUGAAAAUUUGUGGUUUGUAUUUAUUUAUCUGCAUGAAUUACUGCAGCUAAAUUAUUUUAGUUCCAAAUUUUCUGAGCCGUGUAGAGGAAUUGCUGGGGAGGGAGCAUGGGAGCCAAGCUAAGGGACCUGAAAGCCGGCUCAAUUUUAAGCAAAUCUAAGCAGAAGAGAGCUUAGGGAAAAAAAUUAGUUGAAAAAAGGAAAGGAGAAAAGGAAGAUUCCAAAAAGCCAAGCCAUUGCAAUUUGAAUUGAGUAUACUGCUGGAUGACUAAAAUUGAUUUCAGGUCAGAGGUCAUGGAACAGGCUCUAACAUUACCUAUCUAUUGAAAUUAGUUAAAUUCCCAAAACCACAUCUCAGAUUUUACGCUAUGAACAUUGACUUUAAAUAUCAUUGGAUCUCCCAAGGAAUAUUUCUUGCCUAAUCCAUUUGGAGAAAGAGAAAUGGAGCACAUUUUUGAAGAGCAGAAGCCCUAACAUUUAAUAUCUUCUAGAAAGAAAUGUAAAAGCCUGCUUGACCUUUCAGCAUAUUCUCUCCCUAAAGGGACACACCCAUUUUGAAGACUGAGAAUGCAUCUCUAAAUCAGAGUAGGUUUUAUUUGACGUUCUACCGCAGAGCUCGUUUCUCUUGGUUCUUACGUGUCACCUGUAAAAACUGUGUCGAAAAUAAUCAAUUCUGAAAUUUGUCCCAAAAUCUAUUUGUGUUUAUAAGCCCAUUAAGAAAAUGGGGAACUGGUGAAUAUGUAAUGAUUUGUAAAAUAUUUUAAUGUAAUUUUUUCAACUGUGAAACUGACUUGGUUUUUUCAUGAAAACAGGCUGCUGAUAAAGUAUUUUUCUGUAAAGUGUAGUCUUUACUAAAUGAGAAUAUGAUGUAUUGAUUAGAGUGUGUGUACACUCUUGGGUUUUUUCCCCGUUUUCCUUUUUUAAAAUGUAUUGAUAGGUUUUCUGAUAGGUAAACCAGACUGGCUGUAUAAGUUUUUCCCUUUUUUUUUUUAACUGAAAACUGAAUGGUUUGGGAUCUUUUAGAAAAGGAGCCUGCAUAUUUCAAAGGCACCACAGCAAUUUCACAGCUUGUAGAUAAGUUUGUGUUUGAUUAUUCUUUAUUGUUUUGUUUUUUCUCAUCUCGUUUUGUAACUCCAUUUUAGUCCUAUCACGAUCAAUAACUCAUGCUUCCUAACUCUUUGAAGGCAUUUCCUUUGCUUCAUUAUUCUGUUACCAACAAGUUAAUGUCAGCUCUAGCAACUAUCAUGUUCCUUAUCUUUUCCUGUCUGUACAGGCUGCAGACCUGGGCUGGACCCAUUCACCAUCUGAAAAGUCCCCUUUAAGAAAUGAUCAUUUGGAUGCCUAAGACAUCCCCCAAGCACUUCAAUUUUGAAAAUAGUGUGACGUUAGUGAAUUGUUCUUUGCUUCUUCUAUCUAAACACAGUUUUCUUAUUUCUGACUUUUUAACUUGACUAGAUAAACAAUCCUCUUUUAUACCAGUCCUGUCAGAUGCAUGCCCUAUGUUACACAGAGAGCCAAAAGCUUUUAGCUUACAUUGUCCAUGUAGUGAACGUCAGCCCUUGCAGCUGAGACCGUCUUGUUUUAUAGGAUUGAUUCCCCUUGUUCAAGUAGCCUGCCAGUCUACGUUGGGUAAGAUGGUUACAGCAGUAGUUCCGAUUCUAAUUUAUGGUAAUCAAUUAUGCAUUCAGGCCACUGUCUAAGAACUGUGAAAGAUGCAUCUUUAAAAUUGUCGUUGAGAUAACCACCGGAUAGGAAACUUUAGUUACAAAAAGACUAAUACAGCUGGGUUGUUUUUGUUUUUUAAAGCACAUCCACAAAAUCUGUAUUUAUUUUUCACUACCUUUUUAAAAUAAACAGCUUCACAUCUGGGACUUGA